CGCAGGUAAACAGCAGCUAUGCCGGGAGCAAUCCGCAAACGCAGUCCUCUCAGACUACCGGACAAGCCCUAUAUUGCACUUGGGCUUGAGGGCUCAGCCAACAAGUUUGGGGCAGGGAUCAUAAAGCAUGAUGUGGAUGGCUCUACUACAGUGCUCUCCAACGUACGGCACACGUACAUUACGCCCCCUGGUGAAGGCUUCCUGCCGAGGGACACUGCAAAGCACCACCGCGACUGGGCCCUAACGGUUAUCAAUGAUGCUCUCAAGAAGGCCGAUAUUUCUAUGCGUGACUUGGAAUGCAUAUGUUUUACGAAGGGUCCUGGAAUGGGUGCACCGCUUUCGUCCGUCGCACUUGUCGCGCGAACUCUCUCGCUCCUCUUCGGAAAGCCUCUGGUCGGUGUAAAUCAUUGUGUUGGUCACAUUGAGAUGGGCCGGCAAAUUACAGGCGCACAGAAUCCAGUCGUCCUCUACGUCUCUGGAGGUAACACGCAGGUUAUCGCUUACUCGCAACAGCGAUAUCGCAUCUUUGGAGAGACUCUGGAUAUUGCUGUGGGAAAUUGUCUCGACCGGUUUGCUCGAGUGAUCAACCUCAGCAAUGACCCCAGUCCUGGGCACAAUAUCGAACAAGAAGCCAAGAGGGGAAAGCGUCUUGUGCCUUUACCGUACACCACUAAGGGUAUGGAUAUUAGUCUGUCUGGCAUCCUUACCUCGACCGAAGCGUAUACUCUGGACAAGCGAUUCCGACCGGAUGGGAAACAUCGCCAAGGAGACACCGACGACAUUAUCAUGCCACAAGACCUAUGCUUCACACUUCAAGAAACUGUUUUUGCCAUGCUAGUAGAGAUUACCGAGCGGGCGAUGGCACAUAUAGGCAGCAGGGAAGUCCUCAUCGUCGGGGGCGUGGGAUGCAACGAGCGAUUGCAAGAGAUGAUGGGUAUAAUGGCCCCUACGGAUGAGCGGUUCUGCAUCGAUAAUGGCAUCAUGAUCGCUCAAGCCGGCCUCUUGAGCUUCCGCAUGGGCUACCAAACACCCUUGGCCAAA